UCCCUUUCAUCACUUCCAAAAAAUACCAAUGGAUCCCCAAUCCAAUCCUGCCAUUUCCUCUGAAACCCCAAAUCAAAACCCAUCACAAACCCUAAAUCCAUACAACCAGUAUUAUCAAAACCCUUCACAAACCCUAGAUUCAAAUCCCCAAGAACCCCCACAAGGUGUUCGACAAAAUGCCGAGCAGAACAAUUUCAACUCAAACAAUCAAAACUUUCAAGAAAACCCUUCCCAACAAACCCUGGAUCCACAUACCCCACAAGGUGUUCGACAAAAUGCCGAGCAGAACUCAAACAAUCAAGAAAAAGACAAUUCGGGUCAAAACAAAAUGUUACAGAAGCCAUUGUUACCCGAAAACGGGUUAACCAGUACUCAAAGUGGGCCCGAAAAGGACCACCAAUCGGGUGGCGAAGAGGAAACUACCAGCCGCCGUCGUCGUAGAAGCAGGUGGGACCCACCUCCAUCCGAUACCAGCAACGAAAACGACGGGAGUGGGCCCGGAAGGAAGCGUAAAUCGAGGUGGGCUGAUGAUGACCCCAAGCCCGUGAUCCAAUUGCCUGAUUUCAUGAAAGAUUUCGCGGGAGGUAUUGAAUUCGAUCCUGAAGUACAAGCACUUAAUAGUAGAUUACUUGAAAUUAGUAGAAAAUUGCAAUCUGGUAUGCCAUUAGAUGAUAGACCUGAAGGCGCUCGAUCGCCUUCACCCGAACCUAUAUAUGAUAAUAUGGGGGUUAGGAUAAAUACUAGAGAGUAUCGUGCUCGAGAGAAAUUGAAUAGAGAGAGACAAGAGAUUAUAUCGCAAAUAAUAAAGAAAAAUCCGGCCUUUAAGCCACCAGCGGAUUAUAGACCACCUAAGCUUCAUAAAAAGCUUUAUAUCCCGAUGAAAGAGUACCCGGGUUAUAAUUUUAUAGGACUUAUAAUUGGGCCGAGAGGGAAUACUCAGAAGAGGAUGGAGAAGGAGACGGGUGCUAAGAUUGUGAUUCGAGGUAAAGGGUCGGUUAAAGAAGGGAGGUUACAGCAAAAAGGGAAUUUGAAACAUGAUCCGGCUGAGAAUGAGGAUUUGCACGUGUUGGUGGAGGCGGAUACUCAGGAGUCGCUUGAGGCCGCUGCAGCUAUGUUAGAGAAGCUUUUGCAGCCUGUCGAUGAAGUGCUUAACGAGCAUAAGAGGCAACAGCUUAGGGAACUCGCGGCGUUGAAUGGAACGAUUAGAGAUGAGGAGUUUUGUAGGCUAUGUGGUGAACCGGGUCAUAGGCAGUAUGCUUGUCCUUCUCGUACUACCACAUUUAAAAGUGAUGUGCUUUGCAAAAUUUGUGGUGAUGGGGGACAUCCUACUAUAGAUUGUCCAGUGAAAAAUACUACUGGAAAGAAAAUGGAUGAUGAGUAUCAGAAUUUCUUGGCUGAAUUGGGAGGGACGGUUCCUGAAUCAUCGAUUAAGGCGAACUCGGCAACUCUAGCUCUUGGUCCUGGAAGCAGCACGGGCAGUAAUCCUCCUUGGGCCAGCGGUAAUAAUGCUAGUGGUGGUGGUGGUACUAGUGCGCACCCUGGAUUAGGGUCAAAUGUAAUGAAGCCAAAAGAAUUUGACGAGACAAACUUGUAUAUUGGUUACCUUCCCCCUACUCUGGAUGAUGAUGGUUUGAUUAACUUGUUCUCUCCCUUUGGUACCAUCGUGAUGGCUAAAGUUAUAAAGGAUCGUCUCAGUGGUCUGAGUAAAGGUUACGGUUUUGUUAAGUAUGCAGAUGUUCAACAAGCUAAUAGUGCUAUUACUGGCAUGAAUGGUCAUUCUCUUGAAGGGAGAACUAUUGCUGUGAGAGUUGCUGGUAAACCCCCUCAACCUACUGUGCCUCCGGGCCCACCUGCUCCUUCAAUGCCUACAUAUCCGGUUCCGAAUCAAGCUCCCGGAGUCUAUCCAUCUCAGCAGUAUGCAACAGGUGGUCCUAUUGGCGCUCCUCCUCCUCCUGGUGGCUAUGGUGGGACCCCAGUUCCAUGGGGACCACCUGUACCUCCACCAUAUGGCGCUUACCCGCCACCUGGCUCAACCAUGUAUCCUCCUCCUCCUCCGGGUCAAUUUGCUCCUCCAUAUGGUGCACAGUAUCCUCCUCCACCAAUGCCACCACCAUCUUCUGGUGUCCCGAGUCAGACCGUUUCUUCUGGUGAAAACCAACAAAAUUACACAUCUUCUGGUGAGACACAACAAAGUUAUCCUCCCGGAGUGCAAUCUCAUAAUGGUGCACCCACUUAUACCUAUGGCCAACAUGCAUACCCUCCAUCUUCAUACAGCUAUCCUUCUUAUUAUGGCAUGGCACCACCUCCGCCUCCUCCUCCAACUGGAUCACAGUCCAAUGUGGACCAUUCACAGAGUAUGAGCAAUGUGCCGUGGGCCACAAAUCCACCAGAACCUGCAGCUGCUGCACCUCCACCUCCACCUCCACCAUCUGCAGAGAAGCCUCCAUAUGGUACAGAUGCUGAAUAUGAGAAGUUCAUGUCGGAGAUGAAAUGAUGAUGCAGUUAACUCUGUACACUUGCAGUACAAGGCUGAUUUGUUGGAGCACUUCACGUGAUUUCUUACCUCUUGCCAUGUCUUACUUGUUGGAAGUUUCGGACUUACCUCUUUAACCUUGCUGUGUACUAUUAUGACAUUUGCAGAGAGAUGAGGAGUUCGGUUCAUUCCUCUUGUGUUGGAGCAGCUUAUUAAGUGCCUUGUGGAUUUUAAUAAUGCUGGACAUAGGCCUUUUGUCAAUCUUGUUUAAUUAUUUUGUUGGGAUUUGUUAAUGACUGAUCACUGACAGUUUUUGUUG